AUGGGCAAAGACGAGUGCAAAACCAUGCUGGAUGCUUUAAACAAGGUAACCGCCUGCUACCGGCAUCUGGUGUCGGCUUUAGGGAGCACGUCGGACUCGCAGAACCUGCGCGAAGAGCUGAGAAAGACGCGCCGGAAAGCGCAGGAGCUGGCGGCGGCCAACCGGAGCAGACUGACCGCGCUGCUCAAAGACAAGAGCAUCAGUAACGACGAGCGCGCCGAGUAUGAGCGCCUGUGGGUGCUGUUCACCAGCAGCAUGGAGAUCCUCGAGGUGGACAUGAGGAGGUCGUUGGAGAUCGGGCAGGAUUUCCCGAUCAAGGUCCCGACGCGGCACUUCAUCCAGACCGGCAUGACCGGGAGCACGAGCACGGUGGCGGCUCGGGCGAUGAGCAUGCAGAGCAUGAAAUACGAGGCGGACGCGGGCGUCGUGGACACGGCCGAUGUGAAAGAGCUGGAGGCUGAGAUCGCUCAGCUCGGUCAGAUGAUGGAGGAGAUGGAGAUGAAGGUGCAGGUGGCGCCGUGGGCGGUGGAGGCCAAGCAGGAGGCUGGAGCUGAGCUGAAAUCCACAGUCAGCGUGGGGAACUCAUCCGUCGGCGUCAUUUCCAUCUGCGACGAGGAGCCCAAAGACGGUGGAGAAGGUGAAGCUGGUGUCAUGAGGAUCUUCGCAGGCAUCAUUUUCACUGUGGUUUUACUCAUCGCAGGAAUUCUGGGAUAUCUGGUCGUCAGUCUUUGA